AUGUCUUCCGCUGCCUGCAUCUUUUGCAAGAUUAUCAAGGGUGAUAUCCCUUCCUUCAAGCUCUUCGAGAGUGACAAGGUCUUUGCUUUCCUCGAUAUUCAGCCCCUCAGCCGUGGCCACGCUCUCGUUAUCCCCAAGUUCCACGGCGAGAAGCUGACCGAUAUUCCCGACGAGGACCUGCUUGAGAUUCUGCCCGUUGCAAAGAAGAUUGCCAAGGCUAGUGGUGCCACCGACUUCAACAUCCUGCAGAACAAUGGCCGUAUUGCUCACCAGGUCGUUGACCACGUUCACUUCCACAUGAUCCCCAAGCCCAACGAGAAGGAAGGCAUGAGCAUCGGCUGGCCCACUCAGGCCACGGACAUGGACAAGUUGAAGGCCCUGCACGAGGAUAUCAAGGCUAAGAUGUAA